CGGCGCUCGGGCGGAAGUGCCGGCGGCGGGGUGGCGGGGAAGCGGGCGCAGCCGCUCUGGCGUCCCGGCCGGCGGGGCCUUGACGGCGGCGGGGCGGCCGCCGCGCGCCUGAGCGAGCUCGCCGUUACGGGCGAGCGGCCGAGCCGGCGCCCCUGCCCGCGCCCGGGACCCGCGCGGCCGUCGGGAUGGACGAGGAGAGCCUGGAGGCGGCCCUGCAGACCUACCGCGCCCAGCUGCGGCAGGUGGAGCUGGCGCUGGGGGCCGGCCUGGAGGCGGCCGAGCAGGCCGACCUGCGCCAGCUGCAGGCCGACCUGCGCGAGCUGAUCGGGCUCACCGAGGCCAGCCUGGCGUCGGUCCGCAAGAGCAAGCUGCUGGCCGCGCUGGACGCCGAGGCCGCGGGGGCGCCCGCCGGCCCGGAGACGGCCCCGGAGGCAGAGGCGGGGCCGGGCCCCGCGCAGCCCGGGCGCGCCGAGGCGGACCCGGGGGAGCUGAGCGGCGCCAAGGUGAACGCCCCCUACCACAGCGCGUGGGGCACGCUGGAGUACCACAACGCCAUGGUGGUGGGCACCGAGGAGGCGGAGGGCGGCCCGGCCCGCGUGCGCGUGCUCUACCUCUACCCCACGCACAAGUCCCUGAAGCCCUGCCCGUUCUUCCUGGAGGGCAAAUGCCGCUUCAAGGACAGCUGCAGGUUCUCUCAUGGGCAGGUGGUCUCCGUGGAUGAGCUGCGCCCCUUCCAGGACCCAGACCUGAGCUUGCUGCAGGCUGGCUCUGCAUGUCUGGCCAAGCACCAGGAUGGCCUCUGGCACCCAGCACGGAUCCUUGAUGUGGACAAUGGCUACUACACAGUCAAGUUUGACUCACUGCUGCUGAAGGAGGCUGUGGUGGAGGGAGAUAGCAUUUUGCCCCCACUGCGCACAGAGGCUGCAGAGUCGUCAGACUCAGACAGUGGUGAUGUGGUAGACUCGAGCUAUGCCAGAGUGGUAGAAUCAGGUGCUGCAGACCCUGGAACCUGCAGCUCUGCCUUUGCCGGCUGGGAAGUACACACACGUGGCAUUGGCUCCAGACUCCUCGCCAAGAUGGGCUAUGAGUUUGGCAAGGGCCUCGGCAGACAUGCUGAAGGCCGGGUGGAGCCCAUCCACGCUGUGGUGUUACCUCGAGGGAAGUCACUGGACCAGUGUGCAGAGAUCCUGCAAAAGAGGACCAAGCGGGGCCAGGCUGGUGCCAACAGGCUCCCAAGGUGCCAGGGGAGUGGGGGUGGGCCUGGGGGCCGCCAACCCCCUCGGAACGUGUUUGACUUCCUGAAUGAAAAGCUGCAGAGCCAGGCUCCUGGGGCCCUGGAGGCUGGGGCGGGCCCCCCAGGAAAGAGGAGCCAGGACAUGUACCAUGCCAGCAAGAGCGCCAAGCAGGCCCUCAGCCUACGACUAUUCCAGACUGAGGAGAAGAUUGUGCGUACCCAGCGGGACAUCCGGGGCAUCCAGGAGGCUCUCACCCGAAAUGCUGGCCGGCACAGUGUGGCAGCAGCCCAGCUGGAGGAGAAGCUGGCAGGAGCCCAGCGGCAGCUGGGGCAGCUCCGAGCUCAGGAGGCAGGCCUGCAGCGGGAACAGCGGAAGGCAGACACCCACAGGAAGAUGACAGAGUUCUAGAGGUCUUGCAUGCACUGUGGAUGGGUCCUGGGACCCCAGCUCCCAGCUGCCUUGGCCGGAAGACCAGCUGUCACCCUGACACUUAGGACACCUCUCAAGAGGAGCCAGCCCACUUCUAGGCUGUCCACUGUUUCACCUCACCAGCCUGGAGUGUUUGGACACUGCCAAGUGGAGAUGGCCUACUGGAGGGUCACUUCUGGACACUUAUUUGCCCACCGAGCCCACCUGCCAGUAUCUUGGGGCGUAUCCUUAGCAAGGACAUUAAAGUGAUUUCAUCACAGUAUCACUCAGUGGAGACUCAGCUGGCUACGGGGUCUCUGGGGAGAGAGGGAUCUGCACAGGUUCAUGGCAACUCACAGGCUGGGCUUCAGGGGUCCUGAAUGAGGCCACAGCCCAUGCCAGGGUCAGCAAACCCAGGAGAGUGGCCUUCUCCCCUACUUCCCUUCUCUGAUUGAGAUGGGUAAGAACCCGAGUGUCCUCUGGUGCCCUGUGCUUCCUGCACUGGGUGGAGCUGGGCCCUCAGGAGCACUGUUAGUGAGACAGGUAGUCCUGGUCAAGUGGGUUUGGGGCUCAGUACAAGUUUGGUGCCCACCUCUUGUUGGCGAGUGUUCACUUCAGUGGGUGUGGUGGGGUCCUGAGCUUGGCUCAGAACAGUGCCAGUGGUGGCAGGCACUGAGUCAUGGGUAGACUAAGGGUGGGGCCCCAGCAGGUGGAUGAUGCCUGGGCAGCAGCAGCUGCAACCUAGGGUUGAGGGCUGCCGGGAGGUGCGCCGAGGCAGGGGCAGGAAGUGAGGUGGGGAGCUCACCCAGGCCCACAAAGACCUUCCUGGCUGCCCCAGACAGGGCCAAGGAGGAGCCGCGUGGUGGCUUUGGUAAGUGCCUGCUCUGCCUCCAGCAUGGGCAGUUCCCUGAAACCCUCAGGGGCCCUCCUGGGGUUUGGGAGGGCUUAAGAGUUGCCUGGUAAAGGCACUGGGAACUGGCUGUGGCCUAGUCAGUCAGACUGGGCCCUCCCACCCCGUGUGAGAAGCCCACUGCUGAGUCUGAACAGACUAGCCUCAAUCUCCAGAGAGCACCCCUUGAGCCCCCUAAUGCCUACAGAUUGUUGGUGGGCCACCACUCCCAGCAACUCAGCUGAGAGCAAUCUAAAGUCCAUGGCAGAGACCAGGGUAGGGGAAGGAGAGCCAGGGAGGGAUGAGAGGACACUCAAUGGUUGGAGCCGGCCUCUUCUGCCUGCUACUCCACUAUUCUCCAAGGUCCAGUCUCUCUAGUGAGUGGCUUAGGGGUAUCACCUAAGACCAGGGGGCCACAACUGGGCAGGGUGGCUAUAGGCGAGGUCUGUGCCCUGUGGCUCAUAGGCCCAUGGGUGUAGCUGCAGGGACUCCCCCGGAUCUUGGGUUUGGGCUGCAGUGACCCCAGCAUGGCCUUGGCCAGGUUAUAGCUGCCCUGGCCCUGCUCUGCCAUCACCAUGACCACUGGCAGUGAUGGUGAAAGUGCAGAGUACCCCUUUUCACCAGGAGUCCCAAGCCAGAGGUGGAAGGUGGGUGCCCCUGUGCAAGGCCUGGGGUUUCCGGUGUGCUGAGUCAGGCCAGGGGGAGGAGUCCACCCACAGAGGGAGGGACACAAAUGGGGCUGCCAGAUGUGUGCCCCAUCCUCAAGCCAGCCCCAGUGCCCCUCUUUUCUGCCCCCAGGCCCCUGCCUCACAGGAUGGGGCAACCAGUGCCCUUGGCUCUGCCAACCCUCUGGGUCCUAGGGUGCUUCUCCCUGCUCCUCUGGCUGUGGGUGCUGUGCACAGUCUGUCACAGGACGCGGGUGCCACGGCAGCGGGCCAGGCUGCAG